AUGAUUGAAUCAUCUUCGUCGUUUAUUGAAUCAUCGAUACCUUUGUAUCACAAUGCGGUCAAAUCCGUCAUCUUCAAAUGCGCGGAAUUACUUAUGGGUAUCUUUGUCUUCAAGCUUUUCUCGCUCGUUGCGGCCCGAUCAGGACAGUUCACAUCAUACCUUAUGUUCACGGAGGAUUAUAUCCAGCGAACACUCUACAUCUCAUCUCGUUGCUUAUCGCGAGCGGGACUAGUUGUUAUUGCUUUUAGCCUACUCAACAUUGUCUUUUCACUUUAUGGCACUCUUCUCUGGGCACUAGACUCGCCAGGCUACAUAUUCAAAGCGACAAAUGCGACAGUUGCUGAUUACGACUUCCAGAGAAAUAGCAAUCCUCCCUAUAUCAUUCAACUCGCUGUCAACAGGAGUCAACUUGGGAGUAUCACACAGAAACUCCCUCAAGUCGUUGGCUCCGAGCUUUUUAAUCCUGGUCUGAACUACACUUUGACCGGAAAAGUCACUAAUGGCCACGAGACUCCCGAGGUUAUCCCACCAACACGACAAGAUGGUGUCGGUGCCCGUAUCUGGUUAGACAGUGAUGGAUUUUCAGUUUCCCCAGACACUCUUUCAAUGUACCCUUCAGUAGGGAAGAUUGGUAACGCCACCUUUGACACGAAAUGUGUGAGAUUUGAUGGAGGCUCUGCUGUCUGGAAUUGCACUUUCGACAACGGUUUCGCAAUCGAGUAUGUAGAGACCGUAACAGGCAUGCCUGAGGUGCAUUGGAGUGAUGCUACUGAUCUCGAUACAAGAUAUAUUCUCCCUGAGAGAUUGGACAAUAUCUGGGUCUCGGUUGGAAAAGGUGGUGGUUCAGCCUUGAUGACACAAGUCUUUACUGUCACUAAGGGAAAGAGGCGGCAUACUUUCUCUCAGGCCACUUUGAAGGUUACCAUGAUAACAAGCCCUGGUGACCCAUUUGCCAGAGGGGAAGUCACUGACCUAGUCCGACGCACCUGGAGCUCCAAUGAGACAGAACAAAAAAAUCCCCUUAUUGGCAACAUCGUCGAUGGCAUGAUAAAUGCACAAAACAAUGACCUCAGUUAUCUUUUCGGCGCAAACGCAGUCGGUAAUGACAACAGGUCGGCUCUUCAAAGCGAGUGGGGCUUUUACACACCACAGAAUAACAACAAUAGCCAGUACUCCAUUGUCAGCAUCACCACCACAAACAUGACUCUCAUUCGAUCUGAAGAACUUGACAAGGCACCUGAACCUUUUGAGACAUGCGAACGAUCGAACUUUCAGAAUGAGGCGUUUGGUGGGAAGGUGACCAAGACUGAUUGCGCGGCGUCAAAGCCUGCAGUUGGAGAACAAGUCUUUUAUGGCCAGGUUGACACUGCUGCUAUGAUGAUCAUACGAGGGUUGGGUGCCCCUCGGUCUAAUCUCAGCGCCGAGUCCCUCGACAACCAUGUCUUGAACUGGAUAUGGGACAACUCUGAAACAAUCGAGUCGUUGAUGAUUGCUAGAGGGUACAGUGUCAGCGUCGACCCAUCACUUGUACAGAUAAGCGUUGACAAAUUGAUGGUGGCCAUGUCUCGCUUGCAGCUGGCGCUUAGCUGUCUAGCUCUGUUCCUGGCCAUUGUAAUGUGGCUGGGUCUCAUGGUCGCAACUGAUGCACACUGGACCGGAACCCUCUUAGCAAACUUGAUACACACAAUAUCGGAGCCAAACAAGGUGAAACCAGGCUACAUCACACGGGUACCAAAUCUGAGCCUGGUACCUAUUGGCCAGAAACGUGUUUUAGCUGUGGAUGGCAGGGUUGUAACAGUCGCUGACCCAGCCCCUAUCGCCAUGCAGCCUGUAAGAAGCCCAGGACAUUACACAAUUGAAACAAAAGGAGACGCAAAUACCGGAACUUAUUCAGUGGCUUACCAAGACCCCAGAGCUGGAAGGCAGGCACUCUUAUCUGAGUAUCAACAAGGAUAUGUCAAUGAGCGGUGA